AUGGACAUGGAGGGCCAGCUAAGACGCCUGCGGAAAACUGUGGAGGAGCAGGGCUCUGAACUGGCCAGGCAGCAACGCGGAACCCGCGUGGGUAACGGGCUCACCUCGGAACUCGGCCAGCAGAGUCGCCUCAUGAAGCUCUUUGACGAAACUUUGCAGCAAACUUCGCAGCAAAACUUCACCUUGGAACAUCGGCUCUCAAACCUGGAGCACGAGCGCGAGACGGGCAGCCGCUCCACUCGCAACGCCUUCGAAUCUCUUGGGGCCCGCGUCACGGAGCUAGGAGUCGAAGUGGCUGAACUGCCAACGCUGAAAGAAAUACAGGCCACCUGGCAACAACUGGCACAGUCGCUGGAGAGCUGCGAGAGGAUCUUGAGAGCCGAACACCAGGAGGCGUUGAGCUGCCUGAGCAGUCGGAUGGAGGCAGCUUUGGGCAAUCUUCAAAAGGACGCCUCCAUGUGCCACGAAAACCUGAAUCAUUGCAGACAAGACGUGACCUCUUUGCAGAGGCAGAUCUGGGAAGAUGAUUCACCGGUGCAGACAACGCCUCCUCCUCCAAAGGUGGCGCCAUUGGUCCAGCUCGCGCCUUCCGAGCCAGUGACGGCAACGGCCAGCGCGGGCGCGCCUGUGAAGGCACCAAUCACUUUGGUGAAGCGCCUGAAGGAGGCGGAAGACAAGCUAUCUUGCCUGGACGAUCGGGGCAAGGUGGAGCGAGAGGGCCUGCUACAUCAGCUCCAGCUCAAGGCGCAUGUUCGAGCCGACCUGGAUGAGGCGAAUCAGAAAGACUUCGAAGAUUUACAGAAAGUGGUGGCAGGGAAAUCAGAGAAGGGCCAUACCCACGACUGUCUUUUGGCGGGCGGACUUCUCAGCCAUUUUUCGGGGGUGUCAACAUUGAAGACCCUGCGACCCGCCAAUGUGAAACGCACCGUGCCGCCGGUCACACUUCGGAGGACGAGCUGCGGGACCCAUGCGCCGCACAGCUUUGACCUUUGCCACUUGCUGGACGACAGCAUCCUGCCCGAGGAACUGAAUAACUCGGUCCUGCCACGCCAAGCCUUUGGAGCCUUCCGCUGCGAGGAGUGUCUAACCUACGAGUUUUCAGUGCGUGUCUCCGACGGGUACCGAUGGAGCGAGUGGUCACCCCCUUCUGCUCGUUGCUGCUUCGCAGUCGAGCCAAAGAUCGUAACCACUUGCCCUGUGGAGUUGGAUGAACUGCAGAGGGCAUUGACGGAUGUGCCGGACGUGGUCUCACCUGCUGAGUCCGUAGAGUUGUCCAAAGCUCUCACGGAGCAGCUGACCUUUACGCAAGAGGGCGAUAUGGAGCCACCCCACUGGGUUGCAAUCGCCAGACCACCUAGCAGCAGUGACGUCGUGACUGCCACCGCGCAGCUGAGCGAGUUCCUGGUUUCCUGGCCCAACCUGCCACCCUCAGCAUACAGUCAACCUGAUACCGAGAUUUUGCCGGCAGUGAAACAGAUGUCUGAGACCGGGGACUUAGCUCCCUUCCUGGCUCCGCCGCUGGUGUAUCGCAUCAAU